AGUUGUAAACUUGAGCCAAGCGCUCUAACCGCUCCCACGUACUAAUUGCUCUCACCUCAUAUUUAAAAGAACUUAGAAAUAAUAAAAACUCCAGACAGGAAAGACCAACGAAGGGGAAACUAAUACAGAGACAUACCCUAAAUACCCUAAACUUUGAGUUAUUUGGUAAUUUGCCGCUUCUACCAUCAAUGAUGUACCGUCUGCUGCAAACCAAGCUUCAUCAUGCUGCAUUAUCACGACGCUCUGCACCAAAGUCUGCAACUGCACAUAUUCCUACAUUCAAACCAUUUCAUAAAUUUCAUUAUGCGCUAAAAAGAGAAAAAUUGAUGCUUUAAAAGCAGAUGCAAAAAGUGCAUUAAAACAACGCAGAAGCUUCAAACAAACUGCACCAUAAAUUGCAUGUCAAACAUCUUAUAAAAUGCAGAGGAAUAUGCAAAAGAUUGGAUCAGUAAUCCUGGAAAUAUAGACAAGCUUGCUUUAGAAAUAUGCAGAAAAAUACAUCAGAAAUAUCUGAGCAGCUUAAGCUUUGAACAGUUUUGUGAAAUAAUGAACUGCACAAAAAGUGCAUUUAUAGUAAAUGUGACACUGGAUCAGAGAUCCGCACUGAAAAAUGCAUUUGAAGAUGACGUGCACUCGUGUGUAUGAAUUAGUUCUUUUAUGCUAAAAUUUGUACAAAAAACUUAAUUUGAAGGUAAAGUGUAUCAUAUUACAUGAGCCAUUAUCUAAUGUCAGUAAUUUACACCAAGAACUGUAUUUGAAGGUAAAACGUACAUGUGAAUAUAAUUAGUGUUUUACUAAAGGCUGCAUAAAAAUCUGCAUUUAAAGUGCACCAUAGUGUAAUUUAUUCUAAGGCUUCAUUGAUUUUCACUGAAAACUGUACUUUAAGAAUAAGUGCGUAUUUAUGUAGAUUUUGUAUGAAAACUACAGAAAUAAACUGCAUUUGAAGCUAAUGUGCACUGUCAACGCCAUAUAAUUACUUAACGUUCUCGUAAUUGUAAAUGUUGUCACACCUGUGUUGAAGCAAAGGUGCAGUAAUGGGCGGGAAAACGAGCUAUGUAAAAGGUGUUGCAGCUGCCUUUUUCUAUGGCACCUGUUCGGUGCUGAUGGCUUUCCUCAACAAAAUCCUCAUGGACACGUACGGCUUUCACUUCCCGAUGUGCAUCAUGGUGGUGCAGAUGUCACUAACGGUGGUGCUACUGUAUGCGCUGCGCGCCACCCAGCUCGUCUCCAUCCCGUCGUACACCUUCAAAGACGGUCGCCUCUUCCUCCUCCCGGCUGUAUUCUACGCAGCGAACUCAGUGCUUGGUCUGUUCUCGCUCAGCCACAUGAACGUCGCAAUGUAUGGUGUCCUCAAGCGCUGCGUGCCACUCGCCACUCUCCUCCUCUCCGUGAUUCUGCUACGCAAGAGCUGGCCAUCAUUCCUCACUCUCAUCUCCAUCAUCCUUCUAACGGUCGGCUGCGUCGUUGCAGGGUCUGGUGACCUCAAGUUCCACUUCGGCGGCUAUUUAUCUGGUGGGCUGAGCAACAUGACGCAGGCCCUGUAUCUGCUCCUGGUGCAACAGUACACAGAGACCAGCAGCAACACGCUGCAUAUCCUGCUGUUGAACAGCAUCAACUCGCUGCCCCUCCUCACGAUGGCGCUACUUGUGAGUGGCGAGGCGCAACAGGUUGCAGUUUUUCUUCAUGCAAACCACAAACCAUUCAUCCUGACCCUUAUUGUCAUUGCCCUCUGUGGGAUCCUUCUCAAUUAUUCCCUCUUCCUCUGUACUAAUCACACGUCAGCGUUGACGACCAGCGUGGUUGGGGGCAUGAAGGCCCUGGCACAGACCCUAAUCGGUGUAUUCACGUUUGGCGGGGUCAGUCCGAACCUGCUGACAAAACUGGGGAUCUCGUUAAACCUCUGUGGAUCGUUGCUCUACGUCGUCGCAAAAUAUGUUGACCGCAAACACAUAGAUCUUCUCGGACACUUGAAGAAGGUCGCCAGCCUCGCCUCCAUGGAAGACUUAGAACGGCUUCAUUCGUCAUCACAGAAGGAAAACACCUCCACCAACACCGACAAUAAUAACACUGACGGCACAAAAAGCGAGACAUCUUCGACAGAAACGAUGACGGUGUCCUCAGAAUCUUCUCAUUCGUCGCCAACGGCAACAACAGUGGCGGUGAAUGUGACGAAUCGGUAACGAGAAGGCUUGUGCGAAUAACAAUAACAACAACAACAACAGCAACAACACUACAGAAGCUAAAACGAGCAAGUACAUAGUUGCUUGACCUGCUAGAAAUAGCCAUCAAAUCUCACUCAAUGUUCUGGAAAAGAAUCGACUGCACGUAAACUAAUGUAGUCCUUGGUAUACAUAGACAGGAUGGUCACAGAUGAAACACAUUUGAUCAUGGAUUUUCUGGAUCAGAACUGUCCCGGGGCUAAACAGCAACUACAAAACCAUUAAUAUUAACUAUUACAUGACAUAUUUAAUAAUGUUGUCCUAGAUACACUAUGCUCGAAUAAAAGAGGGGAUGGUCACAGUUGGAACAUCUUUGUUCUAUGACCUGCUGGAUCAGGACUGACUUGGGGCUAAAUGAUAUAACUAUAACUACUAAUACUGACUGCUAUACUACACAUUAGAUAAUGUAGUCCUAGAUACACUUUUUCUAUAUAUAAGUUGGAAUGGUCACAGCUGGAGCGUCUUUGAUCAUAGGCCUGCUGGAUCAGGACUGAUGUCGAAUUAAACGACAACAGAUGACAACAUAGGUGGCUCUUUCAAGGAUAUUUGUGAUAUAUAAGCAGUAAUAUACCAAUACAACAUGCCAUGCGAGGAUAUCUCAUGAUAUCAGAGACAGUGAUGGUUUAUCAUUUUAUACUAUAUCCAAGGUGCAUUCCAUAAGUUUUAAGACUUCAUCAGAGAGAGGGACAUUUAUUUAUUUUCAAAGAAAUACAAAACUCUAAUCUCCUUCGAAGUUGGAUCCUCUGUGCAUUAUUUACAUUAUUUACAUUUGAUUGAUGUUUGUCCUCAUCUUGUUUGUUGUUAACACAAC